AAUACAGUCUUCAUUACCUUUCUCCAUAUAAUUUACUUUCCUUUUUUUUACAAAAAAAUAAAAAAAACCAGCCUAAAAUUCACAAAACGACUGAGAUUUGGAUAAUCCCAAGAUGGUUUUGAAAUAAUUUUCACGUUUUGAUGGGACCCACGACAUAUACGGUGGCCCCAGGGCCUUCAAAAUAAUCAGUGCCAGAAUGGAAAGAGAGAAACAGUGUUUUGUUGUUAGCUUGUCUUCUGUACCGCUUUCCUCUCUCUCACCCAUCUUCGCUUCCUCCACAUCUCACCACAACAUCCCCCAAGGGUUUCAAGGGUUUUUCGCUCUCCUCUCUCAUAUUCCUUCAAUCUCUCCCCUUCCCUCAGAUUUGCUCGCUAAAUCUGGCCCCAAUGCGUUUGUAGACGAAUCUCCAUCAGGGCAUGGAUUUAUUAUAUUUCGAAGUGAAAAGACAUAUAGCAUGAUGUACGCAGUUUAGUUUUAUAUGGUAAAGAACAGUCUAAGUCACAACUUGUGACUUGAUAACUCAGAAGCUUUACCUAAAAGGCUUCUAAAGGAGCUGAUCAUUAUAAACUUGCUGGACUAUAGUCUUCCUCGUUUUGGUACUUCUGGGUUGGGUAGGGGUGACAAAGAUCAGAAUCUCUACCUGGAAAUGGGUUCAUUUAUGGGUACUUCUGAAAUUGUUGAAGCAACAGACGAGCUGACUACAGGUCAAUUUUCUCAUGGAAUAGGUAGACCAAAUUCUGGAUUUAGUAGGGGUGACAGAGAUCGGAAGCCUCCUGUUCUAAAACUGGGAUACAAGGAUUCUCUAGAAGAUGAUAUUAAUAAGCUCUUCGAGGCAAUCAAUCUCAAAGCUUCAUCCAAGGGUUCAGAUAAUUCGAAGCAAGCAGGCACUAGCCCUUUAAAUAAGAAUGCCUUGAAGAAGCCAAUUACAGUGGGUGUGUCUCGCUCACCAGGGAUUGGGACUUCAGAGCCAGCAACUCUGAAGCAGGCGUUAAGGGAACUCUCUAUUACCAAGGCAUCAGAAAUGGCUGCUAUGAAGCGGUUAUCAAAAUUGACAAGUCCUUCAAGGGCCUCUGAAGCUGGGAGGAUCAAGACAUUGUACAAUGCAGUUGUAGUUGAAGCCAGUACAUCUGGCCCGUCCACAAGUGAAAAUAAGGGAAAUAUGGUUGAGAUCUCUCUGGUGCCAGAAGAAAGCAUUUCAAAUACUUGUGAGAACAUGCCUGAGCAUCCUCAAAUGGCGAAGAUGAAGUCAUCAAGCCAGAGUGCAGAUUCUUCUCCUCGAUUUGCCAUCAGGAAAACAGAAAAUAAUUCCGGGAGCACAACAUUGCAAAAUGAAAGUACGUCCAUGCUAAGGACAGUUGGGGUGCAAACAAUACAGGCAGAACUGGGACAGAAAGAGAAAAUUGAAUCUUCAAGUGACCAUAUUUCAGAACUUGCUGAAAACGUUCCUGCGAAAACCAUGUUACCGACAAAAAUAAAGGCGCAGCUGGGGAAGAAAGAGAAAGUUAAAUCUACAAGAGGUAACACUUCAGUAGUUCAAAAUGUUCCUGCCAAACCCAAGUUAGCAAGUAAGGUAUCAGCUGCAAAACCAGGGCGGAAAGUCAAGUUGCAUGCAGUACCUUCUUCAUCUAUUUUGGUCAAUGGCAAUACGACAAGCAAACUAUCCAGAAAUACUCUCCGCUCCAUAAAACCAGCCAGCAGGAAUAGGAUUAUCAUAAAGAAGAAGAUAAGGCAGGAUUCAAGUUCUGUGGCCUGCAAUUCUAGUAAUUAUAAUGAAGUUGAUGCUGAUUUUGAUCCUAGCACAAGUCAGCUGGUCUGUGAGAGAUGCCAAUGUACAUUGAAAGGUGCUGGCAAACAAUCAAAUCAAGGUUCUUUGGUGCCCCAGUUUAACAGUCUUACUGCAGAAGUAAACUCAAGUAAUGUGCACACAGGUCCAAGUAAACCAGGCUUCAGCUUAGACAGCAGUAAGACUGGAAAUACAGGGGGAGCUGACAUCAUGAAAGCAAAAAAGAACCCAAAAUCAAAAGAAAAAGGGGAGUUCUCCCAAAGCUCAAAAAGUAGCCAAGAGUAUAGUAGUAGUACGAGUUUGAGUGAUGAGAGCAAUAUGAGUGGGUCUAGUUGUAGCAAUAAGCCUCACAUGUCAAAGGAUGUGAGGUGGGAGGCCAUCCGUCACGUUCGGUUGCAGCAUGGAGUCCUGGGCUUGAGACACUUCAAUCUUUUGAAGAAGCUUGGUUGUGGAGACAUAGGAACUGUAUAUCUUGCUGAACUAAUUAGUACGAACUGCCUUUUUGCCAUAAAGGUAAUGGACAAUGAGUUCUUGGCUAGAAGGAAGAAGAUGCCAAGGGCUCAGACUGAAAGAGAAAUACUGAGGAUGCUUGAUCAUCCUUUUCUCCCUACACUGUAUACCCAAUUCACAUCAGAUAAUCUGUCAUGUUUAGUUAUGGAGUAUUGUCCAGGUGGAGAUCUUCAUGUCCUUCGGCAGAAGCAGUCAGGAAGGUGUUUUUCUGAAGCAGCGACAAGGUUCUAUGUUGCUGAAGUUCUCCUUGCUUUGGAGUACUUGCACAUGCUUGGGGUAGUUUAUCGGGAUUUGAAACCAGAAAACAUUCUUGUGCGGGAAGAUGGUCACAUUAUGCUCACAGAUUUUGACCUGUCUCUAAGGUGCACUGUCAGUCCAACUCUUUUGAAAUCACCUUCAUGCGAUGCUGAUCGUGUAAAACUGUCCGGUCCAUGCACACAAUCUAGCUGCGCUGAGCCCUUCUGCAUGGAACCCUCCUGUGACGUCCCAUGCUUCAGCCCUAGGUUUUUACCUGCUGCUGCAAAAACAAAGAAGUCCAAAAAUGACUCUGCAGCCCAAGUCAGAUCAUUGCCACAGCUUGUGGCAGAGCCUACUGAUGCACGGUCCAAUUCCUUUGUAGGGACCCAUGAGUACUUGGCUCCUGAGAUCAUCAAAGGAGAGGGUCAUGGAGCUGCAGUCGAUUGGUGGACGUUUGGAAUCUUUCUUUACGAGCUUCUAUACGGCAGAACACCGUUUAAAGGCAUCAACAAUGAGGAAACAUUAGCCAAUGUGGUGUUGCAGAGCCUAAGGUUCCCAGAAGGUCCAAUUGUUAGUUUCCAGGCUAGGGAUCUCAUCAGAGGGCUGUUGGUAAAGGAGCCAGAGAAUCGGUUGGGAUCAGAGAAAGGGGCUGGUGAGAUUAAGCAACAUCCUUUCUUUGAGGGCCUGAAUUGGGCCCUAAUACGCUGUGCCAUCCCACCGGAACUGCCCGAGUUUUGUGAUUUUGAAGUUCCAGACAUGCCUGCUGCUCAGGAGAAUACCAAGUAUUUGGAGUUUAAAGCUACAGGAGACCACCUAGAGUUUGAGUUAUUUUAGAGGAAAAAUCACUUUUUUUUUAGGAGAAGCUGUCUGCUUGUGUAUUAUAUUACUUCUUGAAAGACCUCCUCCUUUCCAGCUAGCUUUCUGUAUAUUAGUAGCAGUACAUACUCUCUUAAAUUUUCAGUAAUGGCUGCGCAUAUAUCGUAUCAGAUUCAAAACUUUUGUACAACAGCCUCGCAUAUUAUGAGUUAUUAGUCUGUUCGGGAA